AUGCUCACCAUGCGCACUCUGUCUGCAAUCGUGGCCGUCUCUCUUCCCCUUCUGCUUCAAGCGGAAGGUCUGCUGAUACGUCGUCAGGAAGACACAUCGGAACAUGGAUUCAUCUCAAGUCCCACAGCAGGCACGGAGAUUGCGCCAGGCGCUAGCUUUGCCUUCGACUACGCCACCAGCGACUGGUGCCACCAGGGCUAUAGCAUCUUCACCGUCUGGCUCACGCCGGGGCCCGACGCACCAACGUUCUCGGACGUGACCAGCACGACUGGGAACACGCGCGGAAGCGUCGGAGAGCUUAUUAAUGGCACAUACCUCUACAGCUGGGGCGAGUUCACGGUCCCCAACUUCGCAUGGCUCAUUGGGAAAGCAGGGCUCCCGCCGCUUGGGACUCCACCACCUCCCACGCUGACCAUGCCUAACCUGCUGGAGCUCAAUGGCACAUCGUACACCAACGCGGACUUCUAUCUCACCGUUGUAGAUUCUUUUUGGGAUUGCCCACCUGACAUCCCUAUUGAACUGGGGUUGGAUUACGUGGAGAUCAUUUACAACGCUACAUCAGCCGCCUGA